AUAUAGAUGAUAAAAUAAUAAAUUUCCAAGACCAAAUUUCAUUGUCAGGCCAAUUCUUUGAGAGAAACAAAAUCAACUCGAACAAUAUUAUGGGUCACUGUUUAAGUAAAUUUGCACCAUGUAUAUUCAACAAAAAAAGCACUACCGCUCAAGAUGAAGAAAAUACAAAUGAUCAAAGUGCAUUUUUUAAGUUUAUUGAAGGCAGAAGAUUUCACAAUAUCGAUGGUGUAAAUUAUCCAUUACCUAAUGACGAUGAAGAAUGCAUAGACAUAACACCACAUCAACCUUUAACAAUUAAACCACGUAAUGUUUCAUUUAUUCAGGCAAAUACAUUCGAUGAACUUCCAUUUGAAGAUAAUGUGUUUGAUUUUAUAUAUCAACGAUUGUUAUUUGCUGGAUAUCCGGAAUCAAAAUGGCCAUAUGUAGUAAAUGAAAUGGUGAGGGUAUUGAAACCUGGAGGAUAUUUAGAAUUGACAGAAUUAGAUCCAUCAGUGAAACGUACUGGACCUGCUGGAACGCGUCUUUUUGCGGGGUUAUGCACUUUAUUGGAUAAAGGUGGAGAUUCAAAUGCGUGCUAUAAAUUACGAAAAUAUGUAACGGAACAGGGAUACCUUGAAAAUAUAAAUGAAGAAGAAAAAAAUGUAUACUAUGGCAAAGAAAAUGGAAGGCUUGGAGAAGUGUCGGUAGAAAAUUCCAUGCGUGUAAUGAGAGACUUGAAGACACCAAUGAUGAAUAUAUUACAGGUAUCUUCUGAAGAAUAUGAUGAGAUUUGCGAGACAACAACAGAAGAGAUAAAAGAAUUAAACUCUUAUUAUCCCAUGAUUCGUGUUUAUGCGA